AGAGAGAAAGAAAGAAAGAAUGGUAUCGCGCAAUCAGUGAGGGAGUUUCGCAUCGGUCCGUGGGCGUCAUCAUGGUGUGUGGGUUAAAGCGUUUUUAAGAGACAAGUUUGUUUUUAAUCGAUAGAACGUGGUAAUUUUUAUUAUUACGGUGAUGCUUUUACAAGUAAUGUUGCCGUUAUUCCACGAAUCGCUAUGGAGAAAAGUAUUAGUACGCAGUGUACAGUUACGAAAUAAAUUUUAAGCAAAACGAUACGACGGUGUAUACAAUGUCGAAUACAGAACAAAUUUUUUUCGAUCAUCGAUUUGUGUGGAAAUACAAAUGGGCGAUUAUAUUAUUAAUAUUAUUUCUAACUUCAUCAAACUUUAUAAAAGCCAACAAGAUAUCGUAUGGCAAUACAAAGGAUAAUCAAUGUCCUGUUGAGUGUGACUGUCUUGGAAAUGUGGUGGACUGCAUUAACUUACAAUUGAUUGGAGCACCCAGCGGACUACCACCAUGGACAGAGAUCUUAGGAUUAAAGGGGAACAAUAUAGCUAGUUUGGAGCCUGAUGUUUUAUUACAUUUAACUAAAUUGAAAGAAUUAGAUCUGAGUGGAAACAAAUUUGGAGAUGACUUUAGAAUUAUUCUGUCUGAAGGUACGCACUUACAAAUGCUUAAAGUAAAUAAAAACCAAUUAACACAAGUGCCAGACAUGUUUUUUGUUAAAAACAUAACACAUCUUGCAUUAGCUCACAAUUCAAUUAUCGAUAUAAAUGGAACCGCAUUACUCAACUUGCAACGACUUCAAAACUUGGAUCUUAGUGGAAAUAAAAUAAGUGUUAUUCGAAAUGGAUCCUUUCUUGCACCUAAUUGCCUUACACAUUUAAAUUUAAAUAAAAAUCAAAUAAAAGUCAUUGAAAAUGGAAGUUUGGAUAAUUUAACUUCAUUAGAAGAAUUACGACUGAAUAAAAAUCAUUUGACACAAUUGAAAGAUCUUUUUACAAACUUAAAAAAAUUGCGUAUAUUGGAAAUAAAUAGAAAUGAAUUGCAGACAAUCCAAGGACUUAGCCUUAGAGGUUUAAAAAAUCUAAAAGAAUUACAUUUAAAAAAAAAUAAAAUUGAAACAUUAGAUGAUGGUGCAUUUUGGCCUCUCGAAAAUUUAACGAUUCUAGAACUUGACUUUAACUUAUUAACUAUGGUGAGAAAAGGUGGUCUGUUUGGAUUAGAACAUUUACAAAAAUUAACGUUAUCACACAAUCGAAUACGCACUAUUGAAAUACAAGCAUGGGAUAGAUGCAAAGAAAUCAUCGAAUUAGAUUUAUCGUACAAUGAAAUAUCUACAAUUGAACGAGAUACUUUUGAAUUUUUGGAAAAAUUGAAAAAACUUAAACUGGAUCACAAUCAGAUUACAUACAUUGCAGAUGGCGCAUUCAGUUCAACUCCUAAUCUACAAAUAUUGGAAUUGAAGUUUAAUAAAAUUUCAUAUAUGGUGGAAGAUAUUAAUGGUGCCUUUGAUCCACUCGGACAAUUAUGGAAACUAGGAUUAGCGCACAAUAGAAUAAAAUCGGUAAACAAAAAUGCGUUUACCGGAUUAAGUAAUGUUACCGAAUUGGAUUUAACUGGAAAUAAUAUAACAAGUAUUCAGGAAAAUGCAUUCAUUUCAAUGACUAGAUUAACUAAAUUGAGAAUGAAUUCAAGUGCUUUAGUUUGUGAUUGUGGCUUACAAUGGUUAAGUAUGUGGUUACGUGAGCAUAGUUAUACCGAUGCAGAAGUUUAUUGCGGAUUUCCACAUUGGUUACAAGGAAUGUCAUUAACUCAACUUUAUCAUAAAAAUUUUACAUGCGAUGAAUAUCCGAAGCCAAGAAUCAUCGAAGAACCUAAAAGUCAGAUGGGUAUUAAAGGAGAUAAUGUGACAUUGGUUUGUCGAGCAACGAGUACCACUAUAGCAAGACUACAUUUUACUUGGAAACACGAUAAUAUUGAAAUUAAUGAUGACAAUCUACAAAUAAACACCGAUUCUACGGAGAAUGGAGUAACAGAGGCAACUUCUAUCUUACAUCUUACUAACGUUACUCAUGCAAACGCUGGAAAAUAUCAGUGCAUGGUGACCAAUACAUACGGAACAACAUAUUCCGCAAAAGCAAAAUUAAGUAUUUUAAUAUAUCCAUCUUUUUCAAAAAUUCCACAUGAUAUACGUGUAAUUGCUGGAAGUACUGCUCGCCUCGAAUGUUCAGCAGAAGGGCAACCAUCACCGCAAAUAGCAUGGCAAAAGGAUGGUGGUAAUGAUUUUCCAGCGGCAAGAGAAAGAAGAAUGCAUAUGAUGCCGACUGACGAUGUAUUAUUUAUCGUUGAUGUGAAAACUGCUGAUAGUGGCGUUUACUCGUGUACCGCGCAAAAUCUUGCUGGUUUAAUCGUUGCAAAUGCUACUCUCACAAUAUUAGAAAUACCAUCGUUUGUAAAACCGAUGGAAAAUAAAGAAGUGACAGUUGGUGGUUCGAUUGUAUUGGAAUGUAUGGCAAGUGGUAUGCCUAGACCAAAAUUAUCUUGGCGUAAAAAUGGUAAUCCUCUGUUAGCGACUGAACGGCAUUUUUUCACUGCUGAAGAUCAGCUUUUGAUUAUUGUCGACACUAGAAUUAGUGAUGCUGGUAGUUACGAAUGUGAAAUGAGCAAUUCAUUGGGCAGCGUUGUUGGCGCAUCUCAUCUUACUGUAAAACCAGCUCCGAUUUCGACUCCCAGCCCUGGAUCGGUAAACGAAGACGAUAUACUUGGUUUGAUAAUAAUCACUGUUGUAUGUUGCGCUGUUGGUACAUCAAUAGUAUGGGUAGUUAUAAUCUAUCAAACUAGAAGACGGUUGAAUAAUGUUGCUCAAGGUAGACCGCAUGCACAACCAACAUCGACUUUAACAGGUACAGUAGCAGAUACGCAAACGCACAUAUAUUUGGAGACGAGUUCCCAGCAUAGUAAAGACAGUGGUACAGGAGAUAGUACCAAUCCUAGUAGCGAUCAAUUACAAUUAUGUUUACCCGAGGAAAUCGUUACAUGUUCCGUGAAUAAUGAGGAAGAACCAAGUGCAGUGGUAAAUGUAGGGGCUCCAUUGUUAAGAUAUACUAAUCAUGAACGAAUCGUUCGUGAGAACAAAGACUGUGCUGUUUAAAAAAUGAUUUCAAAUAUGAUUUUUUUUUUCUUCGUAACUGAUUCAUCAUGUUUCAUGCAUGAACAUUUUCACUUACAAUGUGCAAAAUAAUUAUCGAAAAACUAUCAAGCAGAAUCGUUCUGAUCAUUGAACAACAAAGUAACAGUCACAGCAAUCGUACAGUUUGAUAAAUUUAUUGUGUCAUGAACAUUAUUUUUGUGAUGUAUGAUGAUAUGAACGUGAUAUGAACGAACGAUAGCUUAUUUUAUUAUGUUUUAGUUUUCAUGAAAAAAAAAAAAACUUGUCAAAAGAAAAAUACGUAAAUUAGAAAGUACUAUUGACAUAUAAUUUGUAAAUAUUUAGAGUAAGAACUCGCCACGAUUAAUUCAAUUAAUGUCGCCGAGGAAAGAGCAAAGUUAACACAAGUUGACACCGGGAAUUAACCCGUAACCCGCAAAAGCCACUUACUAUAUAAACCAGUCUUUUGUGAUAGAUAUUUAUUUUUAGGAUUACUUAAUUACUAUUAGAUUAUACAAUGACUAUAUUUAUAAUGCCCCAUGACGUAAGUUUGCCUAAAAAAAAAAAAA